UGCUUCGUCGGACACCUCCAUCAUCCCCAGCCGGCGGGAUGUCGGCGCCGGCCGACAACGUCGUCGACGAACCCCUGUCGUCACCAUCACGGCCUCCACCGUCCUCCCCGUUGCAUCUGCUUGAGGUGACCGUGAUCUCGGCGCAGGACCUGCACCGGCGCCGGCUGGGCCGCCGCGUGCGCGCGUACGCCGUGGCGUGGGCGGACGCGGGGCACAAGCUGCGCACGGGCGUGGACCUCGCGGGCGGCGCCGUCCCCACGUGGAACGACCGCUUCCUGUUCCGCGUCGACGGCGCCUUCCUGCGCUCCGACACGGCGGCGGUUACCGUCGAGGUGCGCGGCACGGGGGGGCUGGGCACGGACCCCGUCCUGGGCGUCACGCGCAUCGUGGUGAGCACGUUCGUGCGCCCCGGCGGUGCCGGAGGCCGCGGUGGCCCGCAGGUGGCGGCGCUGCAGCUCCGGCGGCCGCGAUCGCUCCGCCCACAGGGUAUCGUUAACGUGGCCGUCGCGCUGCUGGACGUCGCCCGCGCGCCGCCGCUAUACGGCGUGCCUGGCGGCUCGCCCGACGCCGUCGCCGUCAAAGACCUCGUGAUGAAGAGCCCGGCAGCGUCGCUGUGCAAGGUCAGCGAGGAGACGGGUGUGGACGACGGCCAGCAGGCGCGAAGCAACCCGGAGUUGGUCGGUCAGUCCGGGCACCUGGACCCCAGGGGCGCCGCCGUGGAGCAGAGGAAGCUGGAGCUGACGCUGGAGAGGUGGAAGGCGGAGCUGUGGCCUGGCCUCAAGGAAGGCCGGCGCAGUGGCAGGCGGAGGCGGCGCCGGGCGUCCUCCUGCUUCCGGGGCAGCGGCGACUGGGACAGGUAACAAUGAUCGCAUUGAGCAGUGGAGCAGGAUGCACGGCUUGAACGGAGAGGGAGGAUGCAUGGGCAUGUAAAAAAAAACACAGUAAAUUUUCUCAAUAUUUUUUUAGAUUUGCAGCAGUGAUUCGGCUUCAUUACCUGUUUAAUUUAAACCCUUGCAAAAAACAAUAAAAAUGACCGUCAUGGACUCCUCGUUAAGACGAAAAACCAUAACAAGAUAUUCAUCGACAAUAGCUGAUACAGAACAUCACAAGCAUCAACUCGUCCUGAGAUGCAUACAGUAGUAUGCCAUUGAUCACUCAUUCAUCAUUGGCUUGCAAUGGGUUUAUUUAUUGCAAAAACCAACAGUUAAGCAUUCUUACAGAGUAGUUCAGCCUCAAAAAAACGAUACACUGUGCGGAACCAUUUCCCUUCCAAGAAGAAUUGACAACUAAAAGACGAAGAACUGACAAGAGCACCAAACUACGUACAUCCCCACGCUCGCUUCACCGAUACCCGCAAAGCUGGAUCUAUUUCCCUUCCAAUCAACGUCUCCUUCUCUAUAUCAUUAUAAUCCGAUCAGCAAUGCUGCCUUGGCUUCUUCCGACAACACAGUGGUCUUCCAAUCAGCACCGGUAUAAGUGUAUAAAUGAAUGUGGUGCAUGAACCUGCUAGCUAGUACCAAGCAGGUCAGGAGUGUAGAAGUUGAUUAAAGGGAACAUUUUGCCGUA